GUUUUUUUAAAUAAUUACAUUUUACCUCAAGGAGGUGGUUGCAAUUUACCCAACAAAUAAUUGUGAUAUAUUUUUAAUUUUUGUUUUAAUCUAUCCAAUUUGACCAAUCGCAACAAAAAGAAAAUGAUAUCCAAAAUUCCGAAUCAAAAGGUGAAAUAUUAGUGCCAUGUGCCAGGCACGUGCCCGCUUCAAUCAUUCAGAUAGAUCCAAGGAAGUUAAUCAGCCCUCCUUAAAAUAAAAAUAAAAAAUCAGCCCCCCCACUAAGAUUGUGACACGCGUAUCCUCACCUAACUGACGAACCGUCAGAUUGAUACUGCAUGAGAGAGCAAAUGACAAAUAUACCCCUCAGUCCCUGCUAUACAUUCAAACCCAUUCCGAGCUGUAAAUCAAAAGAGAUGAGAGUAUCUGAUUAAUUGCGGUGGUGCAAAAACCCUAGAAAAAAAAAAAAAAAAUCUGUUUCUCUCGUUUCUAUAUUUGCCGGUCAAAAAUUAGAGAGAUCUCCGCCUGGGAAUGCAGAAAGAUGGGAAGAUUUCCGGUUCCUAACGCCCGAUUCGGCGGCGGAAGGACCGAUAAACGCCUCACCAGCAACCGUAAUUGCCACCGCAAGCACGUCGAAGACGGGUGAAAACCACUUUAAUUUCCUCCGCCGCCGCCGCCGUCACAAUUUACAUCAAUUUUAUCUUUUUUUUUUUGUUAGUAUAAAAGAUUUUGAUUUUUUUUUUUUUUUUACCUUGUCCGAGAAAUUAAAUUAAGAGACGAUGGGAAUCGAAGAAAUGAAAUGCGGCGGCGCGUUGCAUGGUAAGUACGAGCUGGGGCGGCUGCUCGGGCAUGGGACUUUUGGGAAGGUGUACCACGCGCGUAACCUCCAGACGAGCAAGAGCGUGGCGAUGAAAGUGGUGGGGAAGGAGAAGGUGGCGCGCGUGGGCAUGACGGAGCACGUGAAGCGUGAGAUCUCCAUCAUGAAAAUGGUGCACCACCCCAACAUCGUCGAGCUCCACGAAGUCAUGGCCACCAAGACCAAGAUCUACUUCGCCAUGGAGCUCGUCCGCGGCGGCGAACUCUUCGCCAAAAUCUCCAGGGGCAGGCUGCGCGAGGACGCCGCCCGGAGCUACUUCCAGCAGCUAAUCUCCGCCGUCGAUUUCUGCCACAGCCGCGGCGUCUACCACCGCGAUCUGAAGCCGGAGAAUCUCCUCCUCGACGAGGAAGGGAAUCUCAAGGUCACCGAUUUCGGCCUCAGCGCAAUCUCCGAUCACCUCCGCCACGACGGCUUGCUGCACACCACUUGCGGAACCCCGGCGUACGUCGCACCGGAGGUGAUCGGGAAAAAGGGGUACGACGGCGCGAAGGCCGAUAUCUGGUCCUGCGGCGUGAUCCUCUAUGUGCUGCUGGCCGGUUAUUUGCCUUUUCAGGAGGGGAACAUUAUUUCAAUGUAUCAGAAAAUCCACCGGGGCGAUUUCAAAUGCCCACCGUGGCUAUCGUCCGAAUCCCGGAGGCUGAUUAUUAAAAUGUUGGAUCCGAAUCCAAGUACGAGGAUCACCAUAGCUAAGAUCAUGGAUUCAACAUGGUUCAAGAAAUCUCUUCCCAAGGGUUUGAAGAUGAAAGAAGAGCAGGAAUUCGAAGAAGCAGAGACUCUGAAUGCAUUCCACAUCAUUUCUCUAUCGGAGGGAUUUGAUCUGUCACCAUUAUUUGAAAAGAAGAAGAGGGUGGAGAAGGAAGAAUUGCGAUUCGCGACUACGACUUCUGCGAGCAGUGUGAUUUCGAAGAUCGAGGAGGUGGCGAAGACGACGAAUUUCAGGGUGAAGAAGAGCGAUUCUUGUGUGAGGUUGCAGGGGAGGGAGAGUGGGAGGAAAGGGAAGCUGCGUAUAGAGGCGGAUAUAUUUGCGAUGACGCCGUCGUUUGUAGUGGUGGAGGUGAAGAAAUCGAGCGGAGAUACGCUCGAGUACAACCAGUUCUGCAGCAAUGAGCUUAGGCCGGCGCUUAAAGAUAUUGAGUGGAGAUCGGCGGGUGGCAACUCUGUGGCUGCUUGAAAGGUGUUCGACAAAAGUCCUGAACCAGAUGGUGGGUCUCCCAGGUGUGUGGGGAUUUUGAGCAAGUGGGGCCCGUUUGUUUGGUUAUGGUUUAUUCUUUGUAUUGUUUAUUUUGAAUUUGAUUUGGUGUCAUUUUGUACUGCUGUCUUGUUAUAUAUUUGUGGCUUGUGAGUGUGAUUGAAUAUUCUGUAUUGC